AUGAGGUUUAGAGCAUCAAGAAAAUCGUUACCAAAUCAAGGAAACAACAAAGACAAUGGUAGGAUUGAGGCAUUCAUCAAAAAGUUUGGUUCCCUUGCACCAAGGCGAUAUUCUUUUGCAGAAAUAAAAAAAAUGACAAAUAAGUUUAAUGAUAAAUUAAGUCAAGGAGGAUAUGGCAAUGUACGCAGAGGGAAAUUGUCUAAAGAUUGUUUUGUGGCAGUCAAAGUCUUAAGUGAAUUAAAAGGAAAUGGGGAGGAUUUCAUGAAUGAAGUGGCUAGCAUUAGUAGAACUUCUCAUGUUAAUAUCGUGAGUCUACUUGAUUUUUGUUUCGAGAGAUCGAAGAGAGCUUUGAUUUAUGAAUUCAUGCCUCAUGGAUAUUUGGACAAGUUAAUUUAUAGUCAAGGAUCAAAUAAUCAAUGCCGUCAAUUGGAGUGGAAAACUUUGUACGACAUUGCACUCGGCAUUGCUAGAGGACUCGAAUACUUGCAUCAAGAUUGCAACACAAGGAUCUUGCACUUCAACAUAAAACCUCACAAUAUCCUUUUAGACAAGAACUUUUGUCCCAAAAUAUCUGAUUUCGGUCUAUCUAAAUUAUGUGAAAGAAAGGAGAGUAUCAUUUCCAUGGCUUGUGCAAGGGGAAAAAUUGGAUAUAUUGCUCCAGAAGUGUUUUGUCGAAACUUUGGAGAAGUUUCUUAUAAAUCUGAUGUUUAUAGCUAUGGAAUGAUGGUCCUUGAAAUGGUGGGAGGAAGAAAAAAUAUUGAUGUUGGAGUAUCUCAAACCAGUGAAAUGUAUUUUCCGUCAUGGAUUUACGAGCAUUUUGAUCAAUCUAUGAACUUGAAUCUCAAAGGAGUAAUAGCUGAAGAGGAAGAAGAAAUAACAAGGAAGUUGAUUAUAGUGAGCCUUUGGUGCAUUCAAUGUGACCCAUGUGAUCGACCUUCAAUAACUAAAGUUCUAGAAAUGUUGCAAGGAAAUCUUCAAUCAUUAAUAAUUCCACCUAGACCUUUUGUAUCUUCUCAGGUAAGAUCUCCUAAAACUUUAUCGCAUGAUAAAAUUUGGACAAUUUCAGAUAAUGAAAUAGUUUUCUCUCUCUCUUUUAUCGUAUGA